AUGCAUAAUGAGCGAGGCCUAUGUCAUAACUCAGGUGAUGUUGACGACAAAUUUUCCAGUGUUAUUUACUCUUUAGAUAACGUCUGUGAUGACGAUGACGAUUACGAUGUCGAUAACGAUGACGAUGACGAAGACAAUGACGAUGACGAUGACGAUAACGAUUACCACGAGGAUGACGAUGACAAUGACGAUGACGAUGAUGAUAAAAAUGAUGAUGACGAUGAUGAUGACGAUGACAACGGCGAUGAUGAUGACGAUGACGAUGAUGAUGUUGACCGUGACGAUGACGGUGACGAUGAUGAUGACGAUAAUGAUGAUUAUGCUGCUGAUGAUGAUGACAAUGCUGAUGACGAUGAUGAUAAUGAUAUUGACGAUGAUGAUGAUGAUAAUGAUGAUAACGAUGAUGAUGACAUUGACGAUAAUUAUACGAUGAUGAUGAUGAUAACGAUGACGAUGACGAUGUAG